ACUUUGUUCAUUGCAAUCAAAUUGCUGUUACAAAUCUUUACCCGGUCAGAUGCUUCCAAAUCAAUAAUAGGUCUAAAAAAUUUAGAAGCCUCAACCUCUAAAUUGGAACAUGAGGACCUCGACUCCUCAAUCAGCUCAGCCACUAAAUAACCAGGUGAGGUGAUGGUGACGAUGAUGGAGGGAUCUGCAUCUGCGUUUCACGGCGUCCACAUCGUGUCACGGCGCCUGGUCCGGCCAUCCCCGUCGCCGUUGCUCGCAAGCCCCGGGAGGACGGCGAGCUCAGAGCCCGGGACGGUGCACCUCACGCCGUGGGACCUCCAGAUGCUCACCGUGGACUACAUCCAGAAGGGCGUCCUACUUCCCAAGCCUCCAGCAGGGGGCGAGCACCUCGUCGAACGCCUCGCGUCGUCCUUCGCGCGCACUCUCGCCCUCUUCUACCCGUUCGCCGGCCGUCUGGUCGUCAACGAGAGUGGGGGCAACAAGUCAGUCACCGUUUCAUUGCACUGCACCGGUGACGGCGCCGAGUUCGUCCACGCGGUGGCGGUGCCCGACAUCACCGUGGCGGAGAUCACGGGCUCGCUCCACGUUCCUCGCAUCGUCCGGUCAUUCUUCCCGUUCGACGGGCUAGUCGGAGCUGACGCCGUGGCCGGCUCCUGCCCCGUCCUCGCCGCGCAGGUCACCGAGCUCGCCGACGGCGUUUUCAUCGCCAUGUCGCUAAACCACGGUGUCGCGGACGGGACCACGUUCUGGAAUCUGUUCAACACAUGGUCCGAGAUCAGCCGAAGCUGCGGAGACGCUGACAGGGUUUCCACACCGGCGCCAGUUCUCGAUCGAUGGUUCCCAGACACCUGCCCCGUUCCCGUCCCUCUGCCAUUCGCCAAGCUCCAGGACGUCGUCCGGCGGUUCCACGGCCCGCCGGUGGAAGAAUGCUUCUUCACCUUCUCCGCGGAGAGCAUUAUGAAGCUGAAGGCGAGAGCCAACGCCGAGAUGGCCGGCGCGGCGACCGCCAGUAUCUCGUCGCUCCAGUCCCUGCUCGCACACCUGUGGCGCUCCGUGACUCGCGCCCGGCGCAUCCCCCGGCAGCAGGAGACCUCGUACACCGUGCUCGUCGGAUGCCGGGGGCGCGUGAAGCGCGUUCCUCACGCCUACGCUGGCAACGCCGUGGUGCGCUGCACGGCCAAGGCCACCGCCAGCGAGAUCCUGGAGAACGGGCUGGGGUGGACGGCGUGGCAGCUGAACCGCGCCGUGGCGUCGCAGGACGAGGCGGCGCUUGUAGAAUCCGUGGCGUCUUGGCACAGGGUCCCCCGGUUCGCGUACCUGGAGGGAUGGUGGCACCCGACGGUGGUGGUGACCGGGAACUCGCCGCGGUUCGACGUGUACGGGAACGACUUCGUGUGGGGGAGGCCCGUGGCCGUGCGGAGCGGCGGCGCGAACAAAGUGGACGGGAGGGCAACGGUGUACGAGGGGAGGGACGGCGGAUGUAGCAUGGGUAUGGAGUUGUGUCUGGCGCCGGAGGCCCUCGCGCGGCUCGUCGCCGACGACGAGUUCAUGGGCGCGGUGACCACGGCGGGUGAAUCGUUUCACUCGCAGCUGUGGAAAUGUGACGGCUAAUAGGCUUGGGCCCAAAGUUGCAACUUGCAAGUGCAACAGGCUUUUCUUUUUAUUUUUUUUAACCGAGAAACAAUUUCAUUUCAUCAAUUUUUGUGUACACUAGUACUAUUAAUAUCCAAUAAUCCAUCCAUCGUUAGUCA